UCUUGAGCCAAAGGAGUUCCGCCGUCAUUUUGCAGUGAUUCAAUCUGUGACGGUGCAUCCACUAAGUUCCAGACGUUUAUCCAGAUAUCUGUGACAUGGCGACAACAGACAGCGUACAAGGUGUGGAUGACGUCAGGAGAGGAGCAGCAGGGGGUUCUUCCAACAGUGUUCUCACCUGGCAUGGAGAGAGGUGUGAGGAGUUCGGGGAAGAGCCCAGCGGGCGAGACAAAGGUGUGAGGGUGUACAGGUGUGAGGAGUGCAGCAAGCAGUUUAGUCAGCCAAGUCAUCUGAAAAGCCACAUGCGGGCUCACACUGUAGACAAACCAUACAUGUGUGAGGAGUGCAGUAGACGGUUCAGUCAGCUGGUCAAUCUGAAGACCCACAUGCGUACUCACACAGGGGAGAAACCCUACAGAUGUGAGGAGUGCAGCAGGCAGUUUAGUCAGCUGGGUAAUCUGAAGUCCCACAUGCGAACUCACACAGGUGAGAAACCCUACAGAUGUGAGGAGUGCAGCAGGCAGUUUAGUCACUUAAUAGGUCUAAAGACUCACAUGCGCACCAUUGGUCGGUACAAGGACGUUUUAUGA